AUGAUACCCAGAAGAGAAGAGGAUGUCGAGACGACGCCACUCAGCCCACGCGUUAGCGACGUCUCCGACGAAAGCGCGUACUUGCGCGGGGAAGACUACCUUGAGAGCCCGGCAAGUGAGGCCAGUCAGUGGGCUGAGGGCGAGAAGAGGGGAGCUUGGACAAGCAAAGUGAGACAUGCAGUGGGAAUAGCCCUCCUACUAGCUACAGUGUUCCUAUGGACAGCUAGUAAUUUCCUCGCGAGUACAAUAUUCGCAGACAACUCAUACUCGAAACCUUACUUUGUCACCUAUAUAAAUACCACCUUCUUCAUUAUACCGCUUUUCCCCAUGUUCGUCCACCACCUAUGGGUCGAUCGUCACCGUCCAAACAGCGCGUCACAACACCGUCAACCCAUCCUCGCACAUAUUCGCGAUCUUCUACAACGGCGAGCAGGCAAGUGGAAAUUGCUUCGCGACCACGAAUCUGCGUCUUCACUCUCGUCUUCGAACAAGUCGCGAAACGACGAGGCAGCCGAAGUUCUCUUAUCGUCCUCUCUCCACGGCUCUCAGAGCUUUGGUAACGGGAAGAAUGGGGAGCAGGACGUGGAUGAAGGCAUGACCUUGAAAGACACAGCGAAGCUGGCAUUGGAAUUCUGUCUCCUCUGGUUCUUGGCAAAUUACUUUGCGGCCGCGUGUUUGGAAUACACAACCGUUGCCAGCUCAACUAUCCUCUCUUCCACAUCAUCAAUCUGGACGUUGCUCCUCGGAUCCAUAAUGCGCGUCGAGCGCUUCACGCUACUCAAACUCAUUGGUGUACUCGCUUCUCUGGGCGGGGUAGCCCUCAUUUCCAUGGUCGAUGUGUCCGGCGAGACAGACGAGAAUCGAGGCUCUUUCCCACACAAAACACCAAAAGAGCUAGCCAUCGGCGACGUUAUGGCAUUCGUAUCUGCCGUACUGUACGGUUUCUAUACCGUCUUCAUGAAAGCCCGGAUUGGCGAUGAAACAAGGGUCAACAUGCCCCUUUUCUUCGGUCUCGUCGGUUUGGCUAAUGUCCUGCUGCUGUGGCCCGGCUUUAUCAUUCUGCAUUUGACUGGUAUCGAACCCUUUGAACUACCACCGACAUCCCGCAUCCUCAACAUCGUACUUAUCAAUAGUGCGUCAUCUCUCGUAUCGGAUUUUUGCUGGGCAUACGCCAUGCUGCUUACUUCUCCGCUGAUUGUUACUGUUGGUCUUAGUCUGACGAUCCCGUGCAGUCUUGUGGGACAGAUGGUAUUGGAUGCACAGUAUGCGUCAGCGUUAUAUUGGGUCGGUGCAGCGAUCAUGGUGCUUUCAUUCUUGUUCAUCAACCACGAGGACCGGAAAGAUGAGGUAGAUGGGUUACAAGGCGCGGAUGACGCUGUGACAGAGGUGCAGAGGAGUUUUCAAAGUCUGAGACAGAGUCUGAGUCGAAGAAACUCGACAACUGGGGUUUGA